UUGGCACCGUAUAUAUAUUGACAGUGUGGCAACACCGCAACUUGUUUUUCAUUUGACAUUGAAGUUGCACAAAUUUCCAGCAGCUGGCGGUUGAAUUUUGUCUUUGUUUGUGUCAACUUGUGUUAACAAAACCUUCGAAAGGAAAAUGGCUGGUACACUGCCCCCGCUUAAUCAAGAGCCGAUUUUCAAGAAACUCCAGGAAUACUAUGACCUCCAUAACAAAGAGCUCAUCAUUAAGGACCUGUUUAUCAACGAUCCUAAACGCUUCUCCAAAUACAGUUUGCGAUUGUCAACGCCCAACGAUGGUGAAAUUCUGUUGGAUUAUUCAAAGAAUCGCGUGAAUGAGGAAGUAUGGCCUCUGCUGCUGGAGUUGGCUAAGGUGAGACGCGUUGAGACGGCACGAGAUGCCAUGUUCGGUGGACAGCACAUCAAUAUAACCGAAAAUCGUGCUGUUUUGCAUACGGCCUUGCGUAAUCGCGGCGGAGAAUCUGUACUCCUUGAUGGCAAGGAUGUGAUGCCCGAUGUACGCGCUGAGUUGGCGCAUAUGAAGGAGUUCACCAACAAGGUCAUUUCUGGCGUUUGGCGAGGCUGCACCGGCAAACAAAUCACCGAUGUGGUUAACAUUGGCAUCGGUGGCUCCGAUUUGGGUCCACUCAUGGUCACCGAGGCGCUGAAGCCCUAUGGCAAGGGCUUGCACUCGCAUUUCGUAUCGAACAUCGAUGGCACCCACAUGGCGGAGGUACUGAAAAAGGUCAACUAUGAGACAACGCUGUUCAUCAUUGCGUCCAAGACCUUUACCACACAAGAGACGAUCACAAAUGCCACUUCGGCCAAGACUUGGUUGCUGGAGCAUGCCAAGGAUGAGGAUUCGGUAGCCAAACAUUUUGUUGCCCUGUCUACAAACAAGGAAAAGGUAACCGCGUUCGGUAUCGACAGCGCCAACAUGUUCGGCUUCUGGGAUUGGGUGGGCGGACGCUACUCUCUCUGGUCUGCCAUUGGCUUAUCCAUCUGCUUGUCCAUUGGCUUUGAGAACUUUGAACAGCUGCUCGAGGGUGCAUACUAUAUGGAUACUCAUUUCCGCACUGCACCACUGGCGAAAAAUGCACCCGUUAUUCUGGCUCUGCUUGGCAUUUGGUAUUCCAAUUUUUAUAAUGCCGAGACGCACGCUCUGCUGCCAUACGAUCAGUAUAUGCAUCGAUUUGCCGCAUAUUUCCAACAGGGCGAUAUGGAGAGCAAUGGCAAAUUUGUCAGCAAAUCGGGCAAGAAAGUUAGCUAUAAUACGGGUCCAAUAGUUUGGGGCGAGCCAGGCACAAAUGGCCAACAUGCCUUCUAUCAGCUCAUACAUCAGGGCACACGCUUGAUUCCGUGCGAUUUCAUCGCACCAGCACAAACGCACAAUCCCAUUGCCGGUGGUAAACAUCACAAGAUAUUGCUCUCGAAUUUCCUAGCUCAAACGGAGGCCCUUAUGAUGGGCAAGACCGCCGAUGAGGCCAAGAAUGAGCUCUCCAAGGCGGGCCUGUGCGGCAACGAGCUGGAAAACUUGUUGCCCCAUAAGGUCUUCGUUGGCAACCGCCCGACCAACUCGAUUGUGGUCAAGAAAGUCUCACCAUUCACUUUAGGUGCAUUGAUUGCCCUCUAUGAGCACAAGAUCUUUGUGCAGGGCAUCAUUUGGGACAUCAACUCGUUCGAUCAAUGGGGCGUCGAGUUGGGCAAACAGCUGGCCAAGGCCAUUGAGCCAGAGCUGGAUAACUGCGAAGAGGUCUCCAGCCACGAUAGCUCCACAAAUGGCUUAAUCAAUUUCAUCAAAGCCAACUGGAAGUAGAUCGCGCGCAUACCUAAAUUUGACAGUUACGUCUUUUACUUAUUUAUAUACACGCUAUGCGAAAUUCUGUUCUUUGGCACAAAAUUCAAAACUAUACUAUAUUUGCAUGCAUAUUGGAAUUAUAAACAUAACGCAUUUUGUUUGCAAAUUGGCGAAUUAUCUCACUAUCGGUAGUUACACUAUAUUACACAGGUAUAUAUGUUGUUGUUGAAUGUAGCUAAAUUACAUGUAAAACAGUU